AUUACUAUGUUAAUUAAUGGCGGUAGCGCUUGCGUGAUGCCGGCUGUAUGUUAUUAUUACUUCUGAAUUGGCGUCUUUUAUUGAAAGUUAUUGCUUUGGUUGUUUUCAGCAUCUAGUAAUUUUGCUGUAAAACGUAAAUAUGGUUGCACAGAAGAGAGGUCGUGGCGCCAAAGCUCAAGCGGCAAGAGCUAAGGCGGCACACCAAGCGGAAGAGGUCGCUCAGCCCGAGUUAGAAGCGAUGGAAGGGACUGAAGAGAAUAACGGGCAAACAGAAUCUGCAGAACACGGUGAAGAGGGCCCCAUGACUGAAGAAACACAAGAAAAUGAUCAGAGCCAGGAGAACGCGGAGGACGAGAGCAAGAACGAAGAACCGAAGGAAGAAAAGGUGGAAUCUGGUAAACUGCUGGUCGAGAACCUGCCAUCAAGCUUUCUUUUUGACUAUCAAGAAAAACUUAAAGAGUUCUUCUCAAAACAUGGAGAAGUUAUCAGUGUAAAACGUGGUCCAAUCAUUGUUACUGAACUGACCACAACUCCGACAUUAUCGGCUAUAGUCGAAUUCAAAAACAAAGAAUCUAUGGAAAAGCGCGCGGGCGCGGGUUCGGAGGCCGCGGCGGUGCGUUCCCGCGCGGAGGCUUCGCCCCCGUCAACUCGUACAUGCCGCCGCAGCCCUUCAUGGGCCGCCCGAGCUACCCGUAGACUUUACACGCAGAAAUAACAAAGGGCGGCUUCAUGAACGACGGACAGCGGCCGAAUAAACGGCUGCGACAGAUGUAACGCGGCCGUGCCCUGUCCGUGUCGUGCGCGUGACGUGUUCGUGUCGUGCCCGCGUCGUGCGCGUGACGUGUCCGCGUCGUGCGCGUGACGUACGCCUUGUGUCGUGUGUGUGUGUGAGCGUCCUACAGACAACAGUGACAUGUCGCAGUAUCAGAUAAAUCUAGCUAAUUGUAUUUACUAUUAAGUACACCAGAUAAUGUAAUUGUAUAACUUACAGUCUUUUGACAUGUAAUAAAUAUGUUCUAACAUUCUAA